AAGGAUUUCAUGUAAAUCUUAAUAAACAUAAUAAUCGGAAAUCUACAGGAGAAUGGUGAUACAUCAAAACAUACAUUAUUCUCCUUGAAUUUCAUGGAUCACAUGUUGAUAUGGUAUCAAAACAAUCACUUUAUUGAUUAUACUGCUACUGUUUCCUCUUUUCAGCAUGAUGAAUCCUUUGUUUCUUCAACUUCAAAUUUGAAUAGAACUACAGUGAUUAGUUUUCGUGAGGCUGUGAUAGUGAUCGGCUUGACGUGCAUUUUCAUUGGUCUAAAUCUAGCACUGUUUAUUUCACUCAGCCAAAGCACUCACAGUUUAUCUCGUUGGAUCAAAUUAAUCAUUAUUUCAUCAAUGCUUCUAACUUGUAUUGAUUUUGUGUUGUUGAAAAGCUUUUUUAAACUGCAAUACACAAUCAUUUCUGCAUUUUCAACAUUUGUUGUAACUCUCGUUGGAAUUAUAUUUGGUUUGAGAAUUCCUAGUUUGACUGAACAAUCCAAGGCAAUUUUACUGAUAUUUUCAGGUGUAUUGACAUUACUAGGAAUGAUACUUAUGAUUCUAAGCCUCUACUAUAAAUUCGUCAUUGCGUUAUCCUGUAUAUGUUGGUGCUCUUUUAUGGUUCUUAUAAACUUCAUGAUAACAAAUCAAUUGAAAACAGGUCAACCAAGUUAUUAUUCCACAUUACAAGUUAACUUUAUCAGUUUUUAUGAAUUUUUUACAACAUACGUGAUUGUAAUGUUUUGUUUGUAUGUUUAUAUAAAGUCAGAUAUACUAAAUCCUGAAAAGAUUGAUAACUAA